AUUUGUCGAGUUGGCGCGAUCUCUCCGCAGUUUUUCAUUCCUCCACGAGUCCAUUUGCUUCUUUUUUCUUCUUCUUCUUCUUUCAAAACCACUACGUGCGUAAAAGCUUGAUUCGAGCGCGCAGUGGUGCCGGUGCGCGGACCACCUCGUGUCGGUUCACUUUAUUUCUCGUUCUUAUUUCUAAACACAAGCUACCUGAGUUGUGUCUCCUCCCUGCACGCCUCCACUCCUCUCCACCAUGGAUUUGGUUUGGAUCGUGGGCUUCGUUGUGAGCGUCUGCGCCCGGUUUGCGUCGGCGGAGCGGCACAGUGUCUCCUGGAACAGCACGAACCCAAAGUUCCUAUGGGACGACUACGCUGUGGAGGUGAGGCUCAACGACUACCUGGACAUCGUCUGCCCCCAUUACCCCGAGGGCGAGGUGCCGUUGCUGGAUGCCGAGCGAUACGUGCUCUACAUGGUGGAGCGCGAGGACUACGACUCCUGCAAGCCCCAAUCAUACGACCAGAUGCGUUGGGAGUGCGGCCAUCCGUUUGCCCCGCACGCCCCUGAGAAGUUCUCGGAAAAGUUCCAGCGCUUUACUCCGUUUACUCUGGGGAAGGAGUUCCGCCAAGGAGAAAGCUACUAUUAUAUCUCCAAGCCUUUGCACCACCACGGACAAGAGUGCCUCAGGCUCAGGGUGGACGUCGUAGCGGCCGAUGGCUCUCAAGAGGCCAGAGUGGCUAAAGGCGGCACAGGUGGGGCCGGAGUCGGAGCCGGGGGUGGAGUUCACAACCCAUCCAACAGAUUGCCUGCAGCAGAUGACCCAGUGGUGAUCCUGCCAGAUGUCCAGAAGAGUGUACGGACAAACUCCGCAGUGGCAGCUACGUCCCUCUCAAUCCUCUCAUUGCUAGUGCCAUUUUCAUUACUGCUAUUGUUGCACUGAGGGCACAUGAAAGGACUGCUGGCUGUGGGCCGACCAUUUUUUUCAGGGACUACAAUGAAGACAGUCCGUGGGGAUGAAACCACUGACUCAAAAAGACAGCUUUUCGUGCCCAGUGCUGGCCACAGGGAGAGAUGGGGGGGGGGGGUUUUUACGCUCGCAAAGCACAGAUGGACUCGCUUGCGCAACCUGUGCCGAGUGACUCUUGAACAUUUGAGACAAAGUACGUGUGCUUUGUCUUAUUCUUCAAGAGGUGACAGUAUUUUUUUUUCACCACGGUCUCCUCCAUUUGUAUUUUUGGUGGGCUCCCUCCCAAAUACAAUGAACCUCUUGGGAUGAUAAUCCUCGCAGAAAAUAUGAAGAAGCGGAAGAGAAAAGCCUAAAGUGGCCGGAGAGCAAUCAAGAACGAUGACGCGAGCCCUGUUUUGAAUUGCGUAAAUAUAAAUGGACAUGGACAUCUAACGGGAAAAAAAAGUAAUCUCUUGCCCUUUGAGCCAAAGAUCAGUCCUCUCUCCAACUUGUACACUGUUCCACCCUUGAGUGUCGUGUACUGCUCGUAGUAUUGUUGUCGUGAUGGUUCGGAGUCGCGUUGGCGCCCCGGGUGAUUACUUUCUCUAACCGUAGCAUUAACUCACAACAGGGGCUGUUGUCUCAUCACAAACAUCCCUUCUUCUUUUUUUGGGAAACUCGACCACGUGCUUAUACACUGUAGCACCGACACUGCACGGUCCAGACACACGAGCAUCCACUCCGCAUCGGUGUCUCACACGAGACACGCACACUGACAUCAGACGCUCUGUGACACAUGAGAACACACCACACUGAGCUGGGUCACCUGUACAUUCUGUGAAGAUAAAUUAUAGCAUUUGCAGCUGGGAACGUUUUACUGUAUAUACCAUGUGCUUAUGAAAGGAAAUGUUUACUGUUGGCAGUGAGGGGGGGGGGGGGGGGGGGGGGGGGGGGGGGGGCGGUGUUCUCUCUCUCUUUCUGCGGGUAGAGUUAGUACUUGCGUGAAAGGAAAAAGUGUGUGUGUAUUGAAGUGCGAGUAAGAGCUUGUGCGAGAGCUGCGGAGCGAUUGAUUGGGAAAAGCGCGGUGAGACAAAAUGUUUUUCUGCCAAAAAAGCAAACACUGAGAUCUUGCGUGUACUGCGGAGAAGCUGGACUUCUCUGUCUGUUGGAUCUAGCUCCUGUUGCAUUGGUUCAACUGUCCGACAUGAAGAGCUGGCAUCAAAUCUUUUUAUUUUUUUUAUUUUUUUUUUUUACUGCAGGAUCCAACCCUUGUGUGUCAUGGUGCUUCCCUAUGUUCCCAACCCCAGGCAGAAAACACGCAAAUACUUAAAAACACAAAGUGAAAUAAUCGGCCAUUUAGACUUUCGUAAGAAACUAUCAUUGUCUUCAAAUGAUUUAAACAAUCGUAUAGUCACCAGUUCGCAACAGACAAGACAAGGCCUCCGAGCGCGUUGCCAAGCACAUCUUCAACGGAGCACAACAGCGUAAGACGGACCAUUGAAGUCAGUCUUCUUCUUCUUCUUUUUUUUACCUGAACUCUUCUUACCUAAUUUUUUGUACAUGUGUAAGUAAAAGAAGUGUAUAAUAUGUAUAUAUAUAAAUAUAUAUAUAUAUAGAAGAUUAUAUGACAGACCUGUUUGAUAAAUAUUCUAAAUGUGAACAUUUCAUGUGAAAUAAAAAAAAAAAGAAGGUAUUUUUGGAAAACCA